AUGGUCAUUAACUGUUUAUCCCGACAUAGAGAACAUUCAAGAAGAUUUGAAAGAAAUUGGCAAAAUGUUGUCGAUCAUAUUGAAGGUGUUGAUAACCUUCUUCUAAUAAAUGAGGCAACAGCUGAUGAAAAUGUUAGUCAGCAAAGAGCACAAAACUUUCGAGAAGCAGAAACCAUCAGACGACAUAGACGAGUGUUUAGACCAUUGUUUAUUAAUUAUUCAUCUUUUGAUGCUCGUCUCGAAACAUUCACUAGGUGGCCGCUAGGUCAUCCAAUAGUACCUUCGAGAAUGGUUGAAGCUGGUUUCAUCCACAAUGGGUAUACUGAUGUCACUAUUUGUUUUCAUUGUGGCCACUGUAUUUCUAAUUGGGAUGCUGAUGAUGACCCAUGGAUAGAGCAUGUUAAUGGAUCACCACUAUGUGCCUAUAUUUAUCUAAUGAGAGGGAAUCAAUAUAUCGAAGCCAGGCAAAGUUUAUAUAUGUCUUCAAGACCAUUAUAUCCACCACCAAGACCUUCAUCAGAUUUAUCGAGAUAUACAUGUAAAGUAUGUCUUGAUAAUGAGGUUGGUCUUGUAUUCUCCCCCUGUGACCAUGCUGUUGCAUGUUUUGAAUGUGCUGUUUCUUUAGUUAGAUGUCCUUUAUGUGGGUGUCCAAUAAUUAGGGCUGUCCGGACACAUUUCAUUGAUUAA